UGUGUUUGCGUAGCAACAUGAUGGGCGAGCUGGAACCAGCACGGCGAUAGUAUUCACGCUCGCUUAUUAAAAAGACGGCUGUGAGUUACCGAUCAGUAAACCGUCAGCUAUCGGAGUUCAACUGGUCAAAGAAAAGACUACUUUAAAGUUUCAACAUGGCCACAGAAGUGAGACCCACAACCCGAUUCCAGCCCCCAGACUGGUUCACUUCUAACUACACCAUCUCUACAAAUGCUGAGCGUCAGAGGGAUGCUUCACACCAGACACGGCAAGAAAGCCGCUUCCUCAGAAAUGAGACAGAUAAUCAGACAAAGUGGGACCAGCAUUCCAACAAUGUGAGGCUGGCCGACCGGGCAGAUCACAUCCGUCAGUGGAAGGAAAUCCUGGAGAAAACCUUGGCAGACCUUGAUAAGGAAAUCUCUGACCUGUCUGAUGCCAAGCAGCUGACAGAGCAGUCACUCCAGGCCAAAGAUUUACCCACAGAUGUGGCUAUUGAAUGUCUAACAUUAAGAGAGGGCCGACAGGCCAUUGACGUGGUGGAAGAUGAGCCUGAAAACCAGCUUCACAAGGAGGUUGAAGUCAUUGAUGGGAUCAAGAAGCAGCUCCACAACAAAAUCAGUGAAGCAUUUGAGCAGCUGUGCCUGCUACAAGAGGCCAGGCAGCAAAUACAGGCGGAUCUGCAGGAUAAAAAUAUAGCUCUGGGCAUUGAUAUUGAUCAGUACAAUUUGUCUGAGACCUCCCCAAACAUUAGCUACAAACCAGACCCUCUCCGAGUGCCAAAAGGGAGCACAACCCCGCAGCAAUGGGAAGAUUUCAGUCGUUAUAACAAGGAGCGAGCUGAUGCAGAAAUGAAGGCGUCUACCCGACUAAGGGAGGCAAUCCAUCACACCCUCCAGCAGACCGACAACGACCUGGAGGCCCAGAGGCUGGCGACAGAGUAUGCCUUUAGAAAGAGGAUCCAUGAGUUUGAGCGGGCCAAGGAUGAGCUGGAAUGGCAGAAGAAAAACACUGAAGAAGAAAUUGAAGAGUUGGAAAACGACAUACGUGGAAUUGAGGAGGCCAUCCGUGCUAAGAUCAACCCAAUGAAGCUGGCUCAGACAAGACUUGAGAACAGAACGUACCGCCCAAAUGUAGAAUUGUGCCGAGAUGCUCCACAAUAUGGGCUUGUGGAUGAGGUCAAGCAGCUGGAGGCUUCAAAGAGAGCUCUGGAGGAGAAGCUCAAACAAGCCAAACAUGCCCUGGAUGGACUGGAGGCUAACCUGCACAGAAUCAAUGAUGAUCUGUCCUUGAAGAACAACUCACUCAUGCUGGACAACCGUUGUAUGAACGUGCGAGAGAGGCUGCAGACAAAACCCAUGACAUCUCUGGAGAGGAACCUAACCCUGACAGGCAUUGAGAGGGAGAGAUCAAAAGUUCUGGCCUAAACUCAGUACUAAACACACCCAUUAGCAGAGACUUGUACAAACUGUUUGAUCUAACCAGUAAUUUAAUAGGAUUCACCAAAGAGAUGUAUUUAUUUAAUUCACAGAAGGAAUCUCUUUACCAAUUGAUGAUAAAACCUCUUGUAAACUCAUUGCUUGGUAAAUCGGCAUACACUUUGGUUGUACUGUACCAUAUGGCCUUACCACUGUCACAUAAACCAUGUACAUAUUAGGUCAAUUAGAGAAACAAAAAUGUGGGGGGAGGAUUGUUAACAAAUAUUCGAACUAGACAAAACCCACAUCAUAUGUAUAACUGAUGCAAUAAAAUGACAAGAGUGACAU